AUGAUGCCGUUGCCUUUGACUUGUCAGGAGAAGUUCGAACUGAAGACGUUUGCUGUUUCUGAUCGUGGUGCUCAUCGUAUCGAUGACUGUGAAGCGACCGGUGACAGAAACGAGCGUCAACAAGCCUUUACCGUUGUGCGCUGUACCGUGUUUUCAAGGUCUACAGCCCAAACUCAAACGCCGUUGCCGGUCCCAAGCCCGAAUGAAAAAGGAGGAGGGUUGGGGACCGCGGCGAGGUCUCCCGUAGAACUUGGCUACCUGUCCAUCAUGCUGUUGCAGUAUUCGAACGUUAUACCGGCUUGUCGUCGUCCGAGUUACCAGGAACGGGGUAGGUUGUUGGGGAACCGAGGCAGAUUUCGUAAAGUCGACGGUCAGAACCUUCCAAUGGCCUUCUGCAAUCUGGGGCGUAGGAACAUGACGAGCACUGCCGAAGAUCGACAAGAAGACGACGAAGAUAUCAGUCACCCGUUCUUAACGUAG